CAGUUAUGAAGCAGAAACAAUAGCUUUUGGUUUUGUUGUUUGGCCACUAGCAGCACAAAGUGUAUAGGCUGUUGGACUUCCAUUUUCAAAAAAAAAUGGCUUCUUGUGUGAGGCUGCUCUUGCUCUCACUGUUAGCCUUUGGGCAGCAUGCAAAGGAACUCAGCUACAGAGGCUCAAGUGGCAUUAAACCUUACUUUGAACUGGCUGAGGAUUUCCCAAGAAGCUACAAACCUGCUUUAGCUUCCUCCAGUUAUGAGAGAUCUGCACUCCCUGGAGGUUCUCAGGGUAGUUAUGGACCCACUGAAACAACGUCACUCGAGAGCCUGAAACCCAUUCCUGCACCUAGUGCUGGAAGUUAUGGUGGUUCAUAUGGUAGGCAAGUAAAUAGUUACAGUCCAGAGGGAAGUGUUUCUAGUUACAGACCUGGCCUUCUGAUGGCUCAAAAACCCAGACAGACCCCUGAGCAGCCACACUAUCAAAUUAACCCAAAUACAAAUGGUGUCCUCCAGACCAAAGCUGGCAUGUGGGAUCUUGCUCUACCACAGAAUGGAGACAGGUUUGAGUCUGGAGUUGUUUCAAGUUAUGGAAUUGAGAUUCAUUCUGAUAAGCCGGCCAAGCCGCAGCCGUCUCCGAGCUACCCGGCCAAGCCCCAGCCCCAGCGGUCUCCGAGCUACCCGUCCAAACCGCAGCCCCAGCCCCAGCGGUCUCCGAGCUACCCGUCCAAACCGCAGCCCCAGCCCCAGCGGCCUCCGAGCUACCCGUCCAAACCGCAGCCCCAGCCCCAGCGGUCUCCGAGCUACCCGUCCAAACCGCAGCCCCAGCCCCAGCGGUCUCCGAGCUACCCGUCCAAACCGCAGCCCCAGCCCCAGCGGUCUCCGAGCUACCCGUCCAAACCGCAGCCCCAGCCCCAGCGGUCUCCGAGCUACCCGUCCAAACCGCAGCCCCAGCCCCAGCGGUCUCCGAGCUACCCGUCCAAACCGCAGCCCCAGCCCCAGCGGUCUCCGAGCUACCCGUCCAAACCGCAGCCCCAGCCCCAGCGGUCUCCGAGCUACCCGUCCAAACCGCAGCCCCAGCCCCAGCGGUCUCCGAGCUACCCGUCCAAACCGCAGCCCCAGCCCCAGCGGUCUCCGAGCUACCCGUCCAAACCGCAGCCCCAGCCCCAGCGGUCUCCGAGCUACCCGUCCAAACCGCAGCCCCAGCCCCAGCGGUCUCCGAGCUACCCGUCCAAACCGCAGCCCCAGCCCCAGCGGUCUCCGAGCUACCCGUCCAAACCGCAGCCCCAGCCCCAGCGGUCUCCGAGCUACCCGUCCAAACCGCAGCCCCAGCCCCAGCGGUCUCCGAGCUACCCGUCCAAACCGCAGCCCCAGCCCCAGCGGUCUCCGAGCUACCCGUCCAAACCGCAGCCCCAGCCCCAGCGGUCUCCGAGCUACCCGUCCAAACCGCAGCCCCAGCCCCAGCGGUCUCCGAGCUACCCGUCCAAACCGCAGCCCCAGCCCCAGCGGUCUCCGAGCUACCCGUCCAAACCGCAGCCCCAGCCCCAGCGGUCUCCGAGCUACCCGUCCAAACCGCAGCCCCAGCCCCAGCGGUCUCCGAGCUACCCGUCCAAACCGCAGCCCCAGCCCCAGCGGUCUCCGAGCUACCCGUCCAAACCCCAGCCCCAGCCCCAGCGGUCUCCGAGCUACCCGUCCAAACCCCAGCCCCAGCCCCAGCGGUCUCCGAGCUACCCGUCCAAACCCCAGCCCCAGCCCCAGCGGUCUCCGAGCUACCCGUCCAAACCCCAGCCCCAGCCCCAGCGGUCUCCGAGCUACCCGUCCAAACCGCAGCCCCAGCCCCAGCCCCAGCGGUCUCCGAGCUACCCGUCCAAACCGCAGCCCCAGCCCCAGCCCCAGCGGUCUCCGAGCUACCCGUCCAAACCGCAGCCCCAGCCCCAGCCCCAGCCCCAGCGGUCUCCGAGCUACCCGUCCCAACCCCAGCCCCAGCCCCAGCCCCAGCCCCAGCGGUCUCCGAGCUACCCGUCCAAACCGCAGCCCCAGCCCCAGCCCCAGCCCCAGCGGUCUCCGAGCUACCCGUCCAAACCGCAGCCCCAGCCCCAGCCCCAGCCCCAGCGGUCUCCGAGCUACCCGUCCAAACCGCAGCCCCAGCCCCAGCCCCAGCCCCAGCGGUCUCCGAGCUACCCGUCCAAACCGCAGCCCCAGCCCCAGCCCCAGCCCCAGCGGUCUCCGAGCUACCCGUCCAAACCGCAGCCCCAGCCCCAGCCCCAGCCCCAGCGGUCUCCGAGCUACCCGUCCAAACCGCAGCCCCAGCCCCAGCCCCAGCCCCAGCGGUCUCCGAGCUACCCGUCCAAACCGCAGCCCCAGCCCCAGCCCCAGCCCCAGCGGUCUCCGAGCUACCCGUCCAAACCGCAGCCCCAGCCCCAGCCCCAGCGGUCUCCGAGCUACCCGUCCAAACCGCAGCCCCAGCCCCAGCCCCAGCGGUCUCCGAGCUACCCGUCCAAACCGCAGCCCCAGCCCCAGCCCCAGCGGUCUCCGAGCUACCCGUCCAAACCGCAGCCCCAGCCCCAGCCCCAGCGGUCUCCGAGCUACCCGUCCAAACCGCAGCCCCAGCCCCAGCCCCAGCGGUCUCCGAGCUACCCGUCCAAACCCGAACCGCAGCCCUCGAGCUACGGUGUAACCCAAAGCAAAGCUGGCAUGUGGGAUUUGGCUCUUUCCCAGGAAGGUGCCAAGCCCCAUCUGUCUUCAAGCUACCCGCCCCCACCCCAGCCCCAGCAGUCUCCGAGCUACACGGCUAAGCCCCAGCAGCCCCCGAGCUAUGGUGUAACCCAAAGCAAAGCUGGCAUGUGGGAUUUGGCUCUUUCCCGGGAAGGUGCUAAGCCCCAGCUGUCUCCGAGCUACCCGGCCAAGCCCCGGCCCCAGCCGCAGCGGUCUCCGAGCUACCCGCCCCAGCCCCAGAGGCUUCCGAGCUACACGGCUAAGCCCCAGCAGCCCCCAAGCUAUGGUGUAACCCAAAGCAAAGCUGGCAUGUGGGAUAUUGCUCUCUCCCAGGAAGGUGUUGCCUCUGGCUCAACUGACUCAAACCCGCAAAUUAAUGUCAGAAGUUCUGCACCAGUGUAUCAGCCCCAUUGGCGGCAGCAGGUGCCUGUGUACAAUAGACUUCGUCAACCUUGGGAGGGGUCUUAAAGUGGCUGCAAGUAGGUUCCUGUUCAUGGAAGCACACAUCAGGCACUGCAAUAACUGUAAUUCAUAUUAUAAUAAACAGUGUGGAAAUGAA